AUGAAGUCAUUUGUCUCAGCCCUGGUACCGCUGUUCCUUGGGGCAUUACAAGCCAGUCUUGCUCAUCCGACGGGCACUGGUAACCAUAAUGGCACAGAGGAUAGCCCUAAACCAGACAAUUACGGAACCGAUAUUCUCGCAAGCUUUCCCCAACCAGCAGGUGACCUGUGCAACGACCAACUGAAAGGUGUUACUGUCGAGUUCAUCCCUACUGGACCGGGGGCCUUUCGAAUUGACAACAUCCCACCUACAUGCAUGACGCUUGCAACCCUUUUUCUUGAGGGUCCUGGCUCGCCCGAUCCCAUUCCCCUUGGCCCCGCAUCUCUAGGAUUCAGCGGCAUAUCCGAUGAUGGGCUACAACGUCUCCAGGCUAUCCUUGAUGCCCGUACCCAACAUUAG